AUGGAAGUAUCUAGAAAUGAACGAAGAAAAUUGAGGUCUAGAUCGGGUUGUCAGACUUGUCGAUCGAGAAAGGUAAAAUGCGACGAAAGACCAGGCGGAUGCGACAACUGCGCCAGAUUGAGUCUGCCGUGUGGAUCGGGUCGUCAGGUGAAGCCAUUGAACGCGAAAAGGACAUUUCGCUCUUGUACUGCGUGUCGAAGUGCGAAGGUCAAGUGUUCUGGCGAUAGACCGGUUUGUCGGGGGUGUCAGAAUAAGAAAGCGCAGUGUGUUUAUGAUGAUGCUUCUGAGCCACGAUGGAAGAGGUUGAUGAGUAGAGACGGGAAUGAAGAGAGUUCGAGUGUAACUGAGACUGUGGAGGUUGAUUCGCCUCCACGAGAUGAAGCUAUAUCAGAUCUUCCAGAGUGGUUGAUAUCGUCUGAGUUACCGGAUCCAGAUAAGAUCCAACUUCUUGUCAAUGAAUACUUUUGCAAUAUUCAUCCACUACGAUGCUAUGCCUUCAUUCAUCAACCGUCAUUUCUUCAGAGACUGGAUAGUGGUCUAGCGAGAGCACCACAUCGACAUGCACUGCUGCAUAUCAUGUGUGCUUUGGGGGCUCAAUUCUACGCACUCGAGCAUCAACCAUCUCGAUCCACCCUCCAAGUUGGAGCUGAAUGGGCCAGAAAAGCACAAAGCUUGAUACUGGCCGAGCUAGACCGCGUCACAAUCGACAAUCUCAUGAUAAACCUCGAAUACAACACCGACAUUCUCUGUACUGAAUCUACCGGUCUCUCGCUGACAAUCAAAGAGUCCCGCCGUCGACUCAUGUGGAGUUGUUACGUGCUCGAUGCGCUGGUUGGAAGUGGCGUGGAUCAACUCACUCUCAUGGAUGAGAAACAUAUCAAGAUCCAACUACCGUGCAAUGAUCGCAACUUUCAGCAGAAAAUACCAUCCAUCACGGAGGUUCUAGAACCAGGCGAGGUACUAAGAUUUAUUCCCCUGGAAUUGAAGCCAGAACAUGCCGGGCGGAAUAUGGGAAUAAUGGGAUAUUUCAUCCGCCAUGUCGCAAUACGAAAGCGUGUGGUGCAGUAUAUCAAGCAUCUGGAUAUAGCCAAAGUACCAUGGGCUGCUGAUUCGGAAUUCGCGGUUCUCGACAAAGAAUGUCGAACGUGGUAUGAGUCUCUUCCUGCGAGUUUGCAAUUCACUCAAGAGGCGAUAUACAUGCGCAAGACAAGCUCGCAACUUGGUGCAUUAUGUGUGCUGCACUGCGCGCAUUAUUCGACCAUCUGCGAUUUAUACCGACUCGGUGCGCCGGCCUUGUAUAAACUGCGAGCUGCGUUUGACUUUCCACCUGAGCAGAGGGAUUUUCUGCGUCAUUUACAAGAAAUACUAUUCGAUGCCGCUAAGCAGAUUGCUAUUAUAAUCACUGAAUCGGCAAAGCAUGGAACGAGGAUGUUGGCGGAUUCGUGGCUGCCGAGUAUCACCUACGACAGCUGUCGGAUUAUGGUGUAUCAUCUUACGCAGAUACUUGAUCCAAGUGAGCAGAGCAAGGCACUUAUGCAGGAGACGCUAUCACAUCUGAAGAAUAAUAUCGUCGCGUUAAAGAAGAUGCAGUCUCUUAAUGCUAUUGCUGAAUCUCUCUGCUCCGCUGCUACAACUAUGGUGGAACGGUCUGGUAUCGAGUCGGAAAUUGUCCGCCAGAAUAACAUCAUCCCCGACGAUCCGUAUUCAUCGGCUGAUGAAAGCACUCAUUCGAGUCCUGGGACCCCGCCGCAGAGUGCGCCUGACUAUGUGCUUAACCCGUUGUCUAUCUAUCGCAUGGCGAGAAAGUCUGUUCCGGAACGACAUGCGCCGGAGAAGAAUACGCCGAGUAUACAUAUACAGAAUCGGAGUGGUGAUCUAGGGCGGACACCUCGUACUGAUACGCAGGAUAAUGCUGUUUCUGUUGAUCAGGCGAAUCUGGACGAAUUGCAGACACUGUUCAUGUCGGAUCUAGGCUGGGCGUGGCAACCAGCUGAUACAGCUGUUGGAUCGGGCAUUGAAGCUGGUUUACUGCCAUGGGCGGGGGGAAUUCACAGUCAGGGCGAGUCAUGGCUACCGACAUUUCCAUUUGAUAGAUAA